AUGUCCUCCGAAGAUGGGCUCCGAGCCCAAACAGGUCGCAAGCUCACAAAAAGACGGAAGGAUUUCCGCCGGGUGUCUUUGGACAUUCCCGAAAAAUUCAAGGAUGGCGCAGAUAUAGAAGAGGAUGCCAGUGCUGCUCCAAAGGGCCAAGAGACUUGGACCAUGAACCAAUCCUUGUUUUCUAUGAUCGCGAAGACCGGUUCACAAGCGGAUCUACACACACCCCUGGAGGAAGUCGCCUCGAGUGACAGCGAUGGGGAGCAUGAAGGUCGACUGAAAAGUAGAAAGAGAGGAGAUGCUGCACAAUAUAUGUCGCCACCACGACAUACUUCUGCCAGCUUUGCAAACAGACAUAGAAGGAAGAUCUCAGACAGUAAGCUGUUGAAAUCGCUACCAAGACUGAGGACUAGGAGGGAAGCACGAGAUGCAUCGAACGACCAAGAUAUGUCCACUUCCCAGAUCCUUCCGCCCAAACCAGCACAAGUCACAGCAUCGCGGCCGUCGAGAGAGUCAGCACUACUAGAUACACGUCCGACACAUAUACAUGAUAGCGACGAAGCGGGUCCCAGCAGGCCAACAGCGAGCAGGCGGGGUCGCCAUGAGAGCCUCAGUGAGACAUCAGAGAGUAGCCCGCCGCCAACCUUAGCCCAGAGGCUACAAGAUAUUUUUGAGUUUGAGGAGCUAGAAGAGGUCAUCUCUCAAUACCCAUGCUGGUUAAUCCAAAGCGUUCUCCUCCAAGGAUACCUUUACAUCACGCAGAAGCAUAUAUGUUUCUACGCAUACCUCAACCGCAAAGAUCCUGGAAAAUCCGGUUAUAUUGCGAAACUUGGACGCUCCAAGUAUAACAGAUAUUGGUUUGUGUUAAAAGGGGAUGUAUUGGCAUACUACAAUAAUACCUCAGACCUCUACUUUCCGCGAAACAGGAUCAACCUCAGCCACGCUAUAUCCGCUUCGAUCAUUGAUCAGAAGGACAAGGACAAAGAGGCUACAAGCUUUGUCGUUGAAACAGAGGGUCGCAACUACACAUUCAAGGCCGAUAGUGCAACCAGCGCUUUGGACUGGGUCCGCGCAAUACAGAAAGUUAUAUUCCGAACACGCAAUGAUGGGGGCAGUGUCAAGAUAUCGAUUCCUUUGCAGAACGUUUGGGACAUAGAAGAAAACCCUUUGAUGGAUUUUGCCGAUUCUAUCAAAAUCAGGGUCAUCGACAACGGCGAAACUUACGCCAUGGACGAAUACUUCUUCUCAUUUUCAGGCUCCGCCGAAGAUGUCUUGAACAUCUUGCGCAUCCUGAUCCCGGAUAAUGACCCGUCUGUGGACGGUAGGAGCAGCACUUGUAGUCCUCGUGUCAGCUCCAGUGUUCGUCCGAAGCAUCUUGACGUCAAAACAGAUACUGAACGGUCUGUGAGUCCAGGCGAUGCAUCACCAUUACGGGAAAAUGUCAAAGCAACUCUGUCACCUCGCCCGCCUGUGAACCUAAAAGGAUCUAGCCCAAGAAUUAGUAUGGAGUCGAGCCGAUCGAGUCUGGACAUGAGAAGACGUAGCACAGACAUUACCAGAACUUUUCAGAAGACCAAUUCUGACAGAGGACGAACAAGCUUCACGAUGAACAGAAGCUCAAGCUAUGGUGGUGAUGGCGUUCGACGUGGAGACAAGUCACCGUUAUCACCAAAAAUCAACGAAUCAUCUGCCUCCGCGAGCACUUCUCUUGACCAGGUUGAAACAGAGUCAUCUGCAGCGAUUCAGUCCCUGGACGACACGAACGCAUCUGCUAGUCAGAUUUUGAAUCGCACGGAUGUCUUCCACCGUCCAACAAUCCAAAAUUCCUCUGGUCAACUGGACACCGAGAAAGACAGGAUGUGUCAAUCUCAAGAAACGGCACGAUCUGUCCGUGACAAUAAGCGAUCCCCUCUUCCAACAGUGGGCGAUGACGAUGAUAGUGAUCAACAGAACUCUAAGAUGAGAGACUCUGAUACUUCUGCGAUACAAAACAUUGUACAAGCUGGAUCUUACCCCCUGCAGAAGGCAUCCGGCCUUCUUGGCAAUCUCAAAAGCCGUUCCAAGCGUAUGAGCAAGGUGCUUUCAACAGAAACCAUGGGCUAUUACGAGAAAGUAGCCGGCAUGUGGGCGGGUGGACGGAAGCACUAUCAUACUGCAGAAGGACUUUCACCAGACGACCAGAUCCGAAGUGCCCAGGAAGAUGCAGAUGCCGUGGUUGAUGCAGAGCGCUUCCGAGAACAUUUUGCACUACCCCCAACUGAGGAACUUCAAUCAACGUUUUUCGGCUCCUUGCAACGAGUGAUACCGAUGUAUGGCAAGAUUUACAUCAGUGAUCGCCAUUUCUGCUUUCGUAGUAUGCUGCCAACAACGAGAACGAAGCUGAUUCUUCCGCUAAAAGACAUCGAAACCGUCGAGAAAGAGAAAGGUUUCCGGCUCAGUUACUAUGGUUUAGUCAUAGUAAUUCGAGGAUUUGAAGAGGUCUUCUUCGAGUUUGCGAAAGCCGAAUUACGAGAUGAGUGCACUGUUACGACCUUGAGGCAAUUGGAAAAUGUUCGCUUCAUGACGAAUUCGCAGUCGCUUCACCAGGAAGACGUCACGAUUGAAGAGCAGGCUAAAGCAGAGCAUGAUCUUUUACAGGAAGCUCGAGCUGAACCGAUUCCACAAUCCGCUCCAAUUGAUGCUCCUGACACAGAUCCCGAAAAGAUGCCUCUUAUCUUUGACGACCUCGGUGGGUCUUACGUUGACUUCAAGCCUUCAGAAUCUCUCAAAAUCACUUGCCUGACUAUUGGCUCCCGGGGAGAUGUCCAGCCUUAUAUCGCCUUUUGCAAAGGACUUCUUGCUGAAGGACACAAACCUAAAAUUGUCACCCAUGCAGAGUUCGAGCAUGCUGUACGCGAGCAAGGCAUCGACUUUGCCCCAGUCGCGGGUGACCCGGCGGAGCUCAUGCGAAUCUGCAUCGAGAAUGGCAUGUUUACUUACUCAUUCAUCCGAGAAGCCUCCGAAAAGUUUCGCGGCUGGAUCGAUGGCCUACUUGCGACAGCUUGGGAAGCCUGCCAGGGAUCUGAUAUUCUAAUUGAGAGCCCCAGUGCUAUGGCUGGAAUACACAUAGCAGAGGCCUUACGCAUUCCUUACUUCCGCGCUUUUGGCAUGACGUGGACACGGACCCGCGCAUAUCCUCAUGCAUUCUUCGUACCAGGUCGCAGAAUGGGCGGUAACUGGAACAGCUGGUCCUACUCUGUAUUCGAUAAGUUCUUUUGGGGCGGUAUUUCAGGCCAAGUGAAUCACUGGAGGAGGAACACCCUCAAGCUUCCCAAGACUGGCUUAGGCAAGAUGAAACCCGACAGACGACCUUUCAUGUACUUUGUUUCGCCGUCGGUCAUGCCGCCACCGCUGGACUGGCCCGACUGGAUUCGUGUUACGGGAUACUGGUUUCUCGAUACGAACAACGACUAUGUGCCACCACAAGAUCUUGUUGACUUUCUAGCGAAAGCUCGUAAAGAUAAAAAGAAGAUUGUGUACAUCGGUUUUGGCUCAAUAGUGGUCGACGAUCCUGCGGCUAUGACCAAGACGGUCGUCGAUGCAGUUCUCAAAGCAGAUGUGCGCUGUGUUCUAUCCAAGGGCUGGUCAGACCGACUCGACAAGAAGGAUGCGGCCAAGCCCGAAUUGCCCCUCCCCUCUGAUAUCUUCCAAAUAAAGGAAGCACCCCACGACUGGUUAUUCAAACAGGUUGAUGCAGCAGUACAUCACGGCGGCAGCGGUACUACAGGUGCAAGUCUGCGCGCAGGGAUCCCUACCGUCAUCAAACCUUUCUUCGGUGACCAGUUCUUCUAUGGUAUGCGCGUUGAGAAUCUCAAUGUUGGCGUAUGUAUCGAAAAAAUCAAUACAACCGUACUCGGGCGAGCAAUAUGGACGGCGACGAAUGACCAGCGGAUGAUAGACAAGGCAGCUUUGCUAGGGGAGAAGAUUCGAAAAGAAAGUGGCGUUCAAACUGCGAUUCAGACGAUGUAUCGUGAGCUCGAACGAGCACGCACCUUCAUUCCAAAGGACGAAUCCCCCGAUGUUGGCUAUGCCUCUGCACACCCCGACCCGACCGAAGAUAAUGAAGAUUGGACUCUUGUUGAUGACGAAGAUGCAUGUCUGGAUACUGAGACCGCUGCCGCGACAGGGUAUCUCAAGUAUUCAGAGCAGGCGCUUGCACGUGCAGGUGGAAGCAGCGCGAUGGCACUGGGAAGCAUGGUGCUCAGAGGUGCCGGUGUUAGUGGUAAGCGAUGA